UGUUAAACUUCCUCCCAUCACCAACUCUUUCUUGUUCUCUGUUCAGCUCUUAGUUCCCUCCGUGGAGCUGGUUCAAGGACAGGGCUGUCCCUCUGUGUGACCUCUCUGCUUUCUUCUUCGCCCAUAGAAGAUAAGGAAAGAUGCAUGCACCAGCAGAACUGAGAACUGGAGGAAGUCUCUGCUCAACUUGGUUACUGCUCCUUUGAACUAGGAAACAAGUCUUAAGGCUGUUCCUCCACCUGUCCAGGCAGAUCCCUCUGUCCCAAGCAGCUCUUAAGACCCAGGUGUACCAAGGGGUGGAAUGUGGCCAUGCUUUCUGAUGGAUGGACUGUGAGCCUUGGGGUUCUGCUUGUGCUCCAAGGAACGACGUGUGGGGAGAAGAUAGCUGAAACUGGAUCCUGCCAGCCUCAGCCUUCCUGCCAUGAGUGCAUUCAGUCCCACCCCAGUUGUGCCUGGUGCAAGCAGCCGGAUUUUGUGCAAGCAGGAGAAUCUGAUGCAGAGCGUUGUGCCCCUCGGCCAGAGCUGGAGCAUCGUGGCUGCCUUGCCAGUGAGAUCAUGGAUCCCCAAGGCAAGCAGCAUAUUUUGAGGACAGGAUCCAGCACGAGUCUGAAUGCUUGGAAGACAAAACACCUAGCCCUGGUGACUGAGUCAGAUUGA